AUCCAUACGAUCCCUCGCCGUCAGGUCUGAGUUUUGGUCCGGGUAGACGAGGCAACAUCAGUGCUAGGUCACAAUUAGAGUCAAACAGUGCAUUUAUAGAUGUUGAAGGUGUGAAUCACUUCCCAGAGGAUUUUGAUGAAAUGGUGGGUGCGAGAAAUGACUCAGCACGUGCUAGACGUAGAGCAAAAGAAUACAGUCCAAGGCCUUACAGUGAUAACAGAUUUGGAUCUCAGGCCAGCCUAGAUGUAGAUGGUAUACAGAGAAAGAAUGAGGAACGUUUGAGGAGACUCAACAACUUGGCCACUGCCGGGGAUGACAUAUCAACAGCAGAUCCAGACGACAUUCUAGAUAGAUUUAUGGCUAAACAGACAUUUAACAGGGGUUAUUAUCCAAGACCACCAUCAGGCAUGACAUUACAAGACGAUACCUGGCUUAAACCGGGCAGCAAAGCUGUAUAGGAGACCAGCCCUUGAUUCACAACAUGCCUUAUAGUUUGUAGGAUAGUCCAUUCAGCUCCAGUCCUCACUGACUGAUCACAUGCUGCAUCUUUACAGACUAAAAAUGACAAUAAUAUGCCAGUUAAGAUUGUUUAAGUCAAGUAAAGAUAUGUGUGUAACAUGAUGCCAAUUUCUUUAUAAAUUGAAAUUACUUACUGUGUGUGAAAAUAUGUCUUCAAGAUUUCUCAGAGUUCAAUUAUGAUAUAUGAAUAAUGGGAUGUGUUUUUCUGAAGAUAUUUUUUCACUGGAUUAAUAAAAGUCGACUCAUUUUCAUAUUUUCUUUUACAUUUUGUUUUCGAAAAAAGAAAAUGACUAGGUUUUGUUAGAGACUAAAUAUAUUUUUACUGUUAAAGUAAAUGCAACUAUAUCAGGUAAAUUCUUAACAGAACAAAGUACUCGACUGAAAAUCAUGGCAAUAUUGAUAUUUUUUCACACAGCUUGUGACUAUUUUAGUGCUACAUUGUUUUUUGUGAUUGUAAAAACAAAAAGACUGUUUACGUUUUAGAAUGUUCUUAACAGAGCACAAAGAGUCCAAAAUAAGAUGAAGUUUAUUUGCAACACUCCUGUAUGUGUCACUGCUCAAGUAAGGUGGUGCCUUUUGCUUUAUGUUGAUUUCAUUGGCAUUGUAAUUAAAAGAUUGAAAAAAAAAAUUCUGAAAUUCUUCAUUGUCAGAUGAAAAGUGUUAGAUUUUCAAGACUUUAAAAAUUAGCAGAUUACAGGUAGAAUUUGCAUGAGUUCUCAAUGCCUCUCAUGGUCCAUUCAUGUGGUUGACUGUUACUUUUUUGAAAGUAUCUUCUCAAAUUAUUUCUGAUUUUAGUGACAAUUUACGGAAAGAAAGACCAAUAUCACACUUUCGUGAGCAUAAUUGAUUGUCUGGGUUUACCAAUAUUUUGUAGAAGUAACAAAACUUUAAUACAUAUAAAUAUUUGACACAUUUGGGCAAAUAUUGAUUUCUGUGCCAGUUUUUGUUCAAUUUUAGGUAGAAAUAAAUGAUUUAAAAUAUUUCACAUAUCAAGAAAGGCUAUUUGCUCCUGUUUAUGUACAGCUUAUAUUGUGAUAUUGUGUAUAUAAUUGUUUAAUUUAUCAAAGAUCUGUGAUGUUUUAUUAUGUUCCGUCCAUUUUUAUGUUUGUUCCAGUUAUGUGAAGUAGAUCUAUGAAAAUGUAUGUCAAAUGGCUAAAUUUUAUCUUUGUUAAAUAUAUGGUAAAUAGGUUAUAUAGGUCUAUUUAUGUUAUUUAUAUCAAUAUGCUGUAUUAUGUCAAAUAGAUAUAUGUUAUUUAUGUCUAAUAGAUAUGUGUUAUUUAUGUCAAAUAGCAUUUUUUCAGUCUUUGCUAUUUAUCUUAUAUAUUAAAUAAAUAUGUGCUGAUUAUGUCAAAUGUUCAAAUAAAUUAUUGCUAUUAAUGUCAAAUGGCAUUUUCCAGUGAUAUGUUACUUUCAAAUACAAAUUAAAAAUACAGUCUAUGCAUUGUUUAAAAUACAUGUAUAAUUCAAACACAAUUUUUAAACACAACAUUUGCAUAUGUAAGUGUUUAAUUGCCUUUUUGAUUUAUUUAAAGAUACAGGUUAUCUUUUAAACACUAAUAAGUAUGAGAUUCUGGUGAGAGUUGUAUUUAUGAAAUUACAUUGAUCAAUAGAUUGUUGAGAAUAUCACAAUUGGCCCUUUUGUCACUAAUUUAACCUUGAACAUAACAUGUUCAUUCUAUAAGCUCAAGCCUUCAUACUUGAACACAAAAAUACCGAUAGACAAUAGCUUUUUGACCUAUUGAAAUAUGACCUUUACCUUAAAUGACCUUGACCUUCAAUGUUAUAUUUUCAAAUUUAAGUAAUUUUUCUAUUAUUCUAUUGCUUAUUUAACAGAUUUAAGGGCAGUGGCAUUAAAUUAUUUCCUAACAUAUCUUGUUUAAUUUAAAAGCACUAUAUUUAGGUACUAGAAACAGUUCUUUAGCUUUUUAGUGACAAUUAAAUUUUCACUUUAAUUUUUAGUUUUAUAUAUGUUCACAAUGGAAUUGUUAGACCGACAAUUUAGAUUCUUCAUUGGUUUUUCUUUUUCAUAUUCUACAUAGUUAUAUGUUAAGUUCAUACAUUAAUAAUCAGUUAUCAAAUUAACUUAUAUUAGCUUUAUAGUAUGGCAUGAAAUAAAGUGAGACCAACUAUGAAGUUUCACUGCAAUCCAUACUAUACUGUGUUGUCAGCUCAGUUUAAAUAUCAUUACAUUGAUUUCCCCAAAGCUGCUAAUGGACUGUGCCAAAUAUAAAAGCAGGACAAGUUCAUUAGACAAAUUCAGACUUCAGUACGGUAAGGUUUAUAUACAUGUAUUGUAUUGAUGAAAGGAGAAUUAAACUUAGUUACAAUGACAACAUGCCGGUUCCCAGAUGUAAUAUGCAUUCUCCAACAUGUUCAGUAAAACCUGAUUUGAUAUGGAGUACAAUAUAAAAAAUAAUAUUAUCGGCAAAUAUUGUGUUCUCGAAAUAUUACUUGGUUUUAAUAUUUCAUACAUUGUAUAAAUUUAUCAGGACAUUUCAUCAGAUUUUGUAUUUUUGUACCAGUUUUCACUCAAAUUGCCACCCUUGUUAUCAUUAUUCUUUUCAAAGAGAAAUGAUUAUCUCAGAUAUAUGAACAAGUAAAAUGCUUUAUAUUCUAUACUGAAUUCCCUUUAAAUUAGAAAUUGAACAUUCCAAAUUAAAAGCAGAAUGAGUCCAUUUAUAUAAAUUUAGCAGGGUAAAGUAUACAAUAUGAUAAGAUUUCUGUAUUUUGUUUAGUUUCCAUUGCCAUUUUUAUGUAUUUAUUCAUUGCCCAAAUGUAAAUGCUAAGUAAGUGUAUAUAGAUAUAUUGAAAGAUGUAAAUAGAGAUUAUGUAAAUGCAUUGUUUUGUUAUGGAUACAUGAAAUAAGUAAAUCAUUAUCUAAAUAUUGAAUAAAUCAUACUCAACAA